AAUCGUAAUCGCUUUCGUUUUCGAUUCCUUACGACGAUUGUUUACUUUUUAAUGUGAUUGUCAUCUGUAAUUUUUCGCCGUAAUUUUAUCCCCUCUUUUUUAAAUUAUAUCAUUAAAUUUUGUCGUCUAACGUAGAAUUUGAAUUUAAUUAAUAAAAUUUACUUUUAAAUUUCUGAAAUAUUUAAAUAUUAGAUAUAAAAUCAACCGACUGACGUGUCCCAUAUAUGCGCAAAUGUAAAAAAAAAAUAAUAAAAGCAUGAGAUAGAGAUUAGUGUAUGACUAAAAUACAUUAAAUAUGUGAAAUACAAGGAAAUUAAUGUAUCGGUUUCGAGUACCAAUGUCAUGGAGGGCCAGUUGAGAUUUAUUUAUCCUACUUGUAAUUUUUUAAGUUAAAUUAAUCCUUAAAAAUGUUCAAGCGCCUUCGAGAGCGCAUUUCUGAAGAGGCUUCAAAAUCUGUUGCUCAGUUGGGUAAUAAUGCUGCAAAGCCUACAAGUGAAACUGAAUCUAAAGCAGUUUCUGAGGAUUUAAUAACUCUCAGUGAAAGUUCUGCUGUUGUUGUGCCUCAUACAAGUGCUCAACAGUUUAGCAUCGGAGAAGAUGAUGAUGGUUCUAUGAGUGAACAAAGUACUCCUCAAAGAAAUGUUGAUGUUACAAAUGGCUCUGUCUCAGGAGGCAAAGACCAUACACCUGCUGGUGAUACUAGUUUUUCUCAAGAAUAUCGUCCUAAAAGGCUAAGUUAUGUACCACAGUCUGAUAUUGAAAGUGAAAGAGAAGAUCCUCCUACAUUAAAUCUUGAAGGAAUAUCAAAGGAGCAGCUCUUAAGUGUUAUAGACCUUUUAAAAGCUAGAACAUAUAAAUAUAAAAAUAAAUAUUCUGAAGUUGUAAAUAAUUUUAAGGAGUUGAGGGAUGAGAAGACAAAAAUUGAGAAAACUCUCAUUGACACUCAAGAUAAAGGAUCCAGGCGUAUUGCAGAACUUAGAGAGCAAUGUCAACUGGAGCAAAAAGCUAAAGCUCAUCUUGAAGCUAAUCUUAGGUUAAUGUUAGAGGAAAAAGAUAACAGAAUAUCUGUUCUGGAAACACAGAUAAAUCUUUUGAAAGACACUAAUAAGACUGAUGAUUCAAGUGGCCUGCAAGAAAAUGUGCAACAAACAUUAGAAGGUUCAAAUGGAGAUUUACUAACUGGUGACAUUGUUCUAUUGCCUGGUCAAGAAAAAUCUGCUCUCCAUGAAAAGUUGGAAAGAUUAGAUCAUCAAUACAACCAAGCAAAAAAAACUAUUACAGCUCAAACUGAACAAAUAGCUCUACUAAGGAAACAAAAUGAAAAUCUUUCUCAGGAACUUGAAGAAAAAGUCAAAAGAGUGAAUGAGUUAGAGGAUCAGCAGGUAGUAAUAAAAGCAGAGCAUGAGGUUAUUCUAAAUAGUAUGCAAAUUCGCUUGGAGGAAUUAGAAAAGCAGCAGGAAGAAAGUGCGAUGUCAAUGGCUGAAACAAAGAGAAAUAUGCAUGAAGAGCUUGAAUUAAAGGAAAAGCAGCUUGUGAAAGCUAAAAAAGAAUCUAGUCAGUAUCAAUCUGCAGUUGAACUUGAGAAGCAGAAAUUAGCAGAUCUACAAAAACAAUAUGAAGAUAAAUUAAGUGAAUUGCAGAGGCAGCUCGAAUCAACUGAAAAGACACUAGAGGAUGAAAAGCAAAAUCUAAUGCAAGAACUUGCUCGAGGAAAAACUGCUGCUAUUGCUUUAAUGCAGAAAGAUUGCGCUAAAAAAAUAUCAGCUGUUGAAGAGGAAUGGAAAGCUAAACUACUUGAAUUCCAGUCACAAAAGUCUCAAGGAGAAGAAGAGAAAAAGGGUUUUCUGGAAAUUCAAGACAAAUUGAAUCUUGCUGAAACUCAAGUUCAAGAAUUAAAUUCUUUAGUAAAGCAGUUAGAAAAUGAAAAUGGAUCUUUGAGAAGUGCUUCAGAGAAACUUAAAACAGAGUGUGACAACAGAAAUGCUGAAAAUGAAAAACUGCAGACCAAUCAUGCUGAUUUAGAAUAUUUAAGGAAGCAGGAAUGCUUAAAUUAUGAAAAUAAAAUAAAUGAAUUGAGUAUACAACUUAAAAAUUCGUAUGACCAAGUCCGCACAUUGGAGCUUAAAGAAAAACAAUAUAUUGACUGUUCUUCCCUUUUAAAAGAUGAGUUAAAUGAAAAGAAUCUUGUUAUUAGUGGACAUGAAAAACAAGAAUGUGAAUUUAACUUUAAAACCAAUGAAUUAGAAAAUGAAAUAAAAAUGUUAAAUUCAAAGCUAAAAGAAUUUCAGUUGAAAGAGAAUUCUAAACUUAAAGAAAUUCAUCAGUUACAAGAAUGUAUUAAACAACUUCAAUCCAAAGAAAAUAUUGCAAAUGAGAAUUUAUUAAUGUGUAAAAAGGAACUUCAAGAAUUGAGAAGAGAAAAACAAGAGUUAGUUUUAAGCAAUGCAUCAUUAAACAGUGAAGUUAUGGAACUGCAGAGUUUGUUGCAACAAAGUGAAGAAAAUAGGCACAAGCUAGAAACAAUAAUUCACCAGGCUGAAAUAGAAAUUCAAGAUUUAAGUGCUACUUUUGAUGGAAAACUGGAAUAUUUUCUCCAAUUAGAAAAAGACAUUUCUACCAUUGAGAAUGGUAUUGCAUUAUUUGAAAAAGAGCAUUCAGAUUUCAGGAAAGUUAUUACUUCUUUUGAAUUAGCUUUUGAAAAACUGAUUAAAAAUUACAAUGAUUUUCAAAUUCAUUCACACAAUGAUUCAAAAUGCUGCAAUACAACACUUAAUUUAUCACAGUCCAAAUUUGAUUGUCUUGAAGAUACUGUGAUAUUUGAAGAGUUGGGAAAUCAGUCAGUUACUUGUGACAGUACUAGUACUGAUUUCUCCAAAUUUUCUGAAUUAAAAAGUGUAAAAGAAAGUCAGAAAAGUGUAGAGAAUAAGACAGACAGUGAAAAACAAAGUUUAUUAGAAGACCUUGUUAAAGAAAAUUCUGAUUUAAGAAAAGAACUGCACCAUAUUAAAGAACUUUCAGAUUGUCAUAAUUCAGAAUGUACUAAAAAUACAGCAGAGCUUCAAAAAGCACUUGAUAAUUUAUGUGAAGAACGUAAUAAUCUUAGCUUAGUUUUGCAAAGUAUUGAUACACAAUUUAAUGAAAUGAAUUCUAGCACAUUUUUAAAGCCAACCAGCAGACAAAAACCUGAAAUUUAUGUAGAUGUAGCUGAAGACAAAAACAAAUUGAACAUUCCUGAAGUUAAUUUCUUAGAAUUGAAUUCUAAAGUACGGUCAGAAAUUGAGGCUCUGUCUUCUCAAACUGAGUUGAUUAAUCGUGAACUGAAAAUUCUUAGAGAGCAGUUUAAUGCUUCUCAAAUUGCUUUUUCUGAAAACGUCGCACAUCUAAAUUCUAAACUUUUAAGUAGAACUGAGCUGUUGCUACGAGUGAAAGAAGAAUUGGAUGAUGUUCUGGAAACUUCUGAAAGUCUAAAAAAGAUGUUGGAAGACAAAGACAAGCAGUUAAAUGAGUCUAAAGAAGCCUUCUUGUGCAAUGAAAAGGAGAAAAAAGAACUUGAAAAUAAACUUAAACUCAUAAAAGAUAAGUACAUUAAAAAGGAACUUGAACUGAAACAAGCUCAUAAUGUACAACUCUGUGAUUUAAAAAAUCAAACUAAAGAUACUAUCGAUCGUUUAAAUAAAGAAUUAGCAAAAGCUACCACAGUUCUUGAUAAGAAAGAAGAAGAAUUUUCACUCAAGCUUAAAUCUGUCAAAGAUGACUAUAAUUGUGAAAUAAAUAAACUUGCUAAGAGUUUCAAUGGAGUUUCUUUGUUUCAGAACAUAUGUGAAAAUCUAUCAGCUACUGAAUCUGACUUUGAAAAUAGAAUUUCAGACAAACUUUUGCUCUUUGACUUGUAUUUUCCAAAAAUAGAAUGUAUGCAAUCCAAAUUAACAAAGAUUAAGUCAAAACUGGAACAGAAAGAUCUAUUAAUAAAUGAACUUAUGAUGCAGGUUAAUUCAGUAAAUAAACAAAUAUUAGAUAUCAAAGAAUAUGAAACCGGUUUAAGGAAAUUGAAGGAGGAUGAAAUUUCUACGCUAAAAGAAAAAUAUGAAGCUGUUGUGAAGAAUUCAGAAACAUUUCAUAUCAUAGAGAAUGAGAAACGAUUGCUUGAAUCUUGUUUAGCCGAAAAACAGUCUGAACUUGAAAAAGAAGUAAAUAAGAAUGCUGCACUCUCUUCUGCUCUAAACAGCUCUGAAACUAAUAUUCAAGAUAGCUCUUCUCAAGUUCAUAAAUUGAAAGAAGAUUGUGCAUCCUUAGAAAAUAAGUUGGCAAUUUUAUCUGGUGUUGUUUCAGAAAAAGACAAACUAAUUGCUAGUCUAGAAAGUAAGAAUGUCUUGACAGAAAAAGAGUUAUCACAUUUAACUUCCAGUGUUUUUGAAAAAGACAAAUUCGUUGCUCAUUUAGAAAAUAAAAAUGCAUCUGAAUUGAAAGAGUCAUAUGAUGCAAUUUUAGGUUUCUCAAAUAUGUUUGCUUUAAAAUCUGAAACAUGUUUAAACAACAUUACAACUUCUAUUAGUUUAACAGAGGAAAAAUUAAAAGCUUUUGAAAUUCAAAUACCAAAAUAUAUAGAAAAGGUAAAAUCUUUAGAAGAGUCUGUAUUUCUUUAUCAAAGUUACAUUAAUAGUUGGUCACAGGAAAUAGAAAAGUGCUUAAAUUUUCUUCAAUUAGGUUCCGUAGAGCUGCCAUCAGAAAUAACACAAGACAGAUACAGUUGCAAUAAUUUUAAUACUUUGAUUUACUUUUUAGAAAAAAAAAUCGACUCAUUUAAUAAAGAAUAUAUAAAGUCCUAUAAUGUGCAUGCAGAAACUGUAAACAAGCUAAAAGAGAUUGAAAGGGAUUUAUACGAAAAAAAUUCCCUACUUUCAUCUAUGAUUUCUUAUGAAGAGUUUGAAAAGUGUGAACUCAAAUAUCGUGAUGAUAUGCAGGAACUUAAUAAUAAAUUUAAUUCUGAAAUUAAAGAUUUAAAAAGCACAAUUAGCAAGCUUGAAAAAGAUGUUACCACUCGUGUUAUUGAAAUAGAAAAAAAGGAAGCCAUUAUUAUGGAACUGCAGUCAUUUAAUUCCCAAAUUGCUCUAAUGGUACCUAUUAGUGAUUUAGAUGUAUGUAAGAAACGAGAAGAGGAAGUUACAGAUUUCAAUAAUAAGCUUACUACCGAAAUAAAAGAUUUAAAAAAUGAAAUAGCAACCUUAUUGGCAAGUGUCAAAGAAAGGGACAUUAUAAUUAAAGAAUUAGAAAAUAAAACCAAUCAAAUGACUUCAAUGAUUUCAGUUAGCGAGCUUGAAAAAUGCAGAGAGAAGUGUCAAGAAGAAAUUGCAGAAGUUACUAGUAAAUCCAAUUCUGAAAGACAAAAUUUAGUGGAUAUUAUUUCAAAACUUGAAGAAGAAAUAGCUUCUCACGUGUGUGCAUUAAGUGUUAAAGAAGAUUUAAUUAAAGAUUUAGAAGUUAAAGUUAGUCAGGUGUCUUUAAUGAUAUCUGGGGAAGAUUUUGAAAAAUUUAAGCUAGUGAAAGAGGAUGAAAUUGAAGCAUUGAACCACAAAUAUAAGACUGAAAUUCUUGGAUUGAAGACUAAUAUUAACAAACUUGAAGGAGACGUAGCUAACUAUAUCACUGAGUUAGAGAAGAAAAGUGAUGCGGUGCACAAUUGUGAGAUGAAGGUUUCUCAGUUAUCAUCUAACAUUCCUGAAGAAGAAUUUGAAAACUACAAACGAAAUACCACUGUUAUGCUUGAUGAAUUAAAAGAAACACAUAGUGGUGAAAUUCAGGCACUAAAGGCAGAGACAGAAAGACUUCAUUCUGAAAUAGUUAGGCUUAGAUCAACUAAUACGGAAAAAGACACAGCUAUUCAGGAACUGUUUAAUAUUUCUCUCCAAUUAAAUUCUAUAAUAUGUGUAGAUAAGUAUGAAGAAAGUGGGGACAUGUUAAAAGAUUUGAAUGUUAUUUUGCUUAAUAUGAAAAAGAAAGUUUCUCAAUUUCUAAAAACAAUUGAGGACAAGGAGAUUCAAAUUCAACAAAUUUUAAUUGAACAGGGAAAUGCCAAAGUUCAAAGCGAAGAAAAUAUUAAAUGUUUAAAAGAAAAAUAUGAAAAUGCUGAAAAGAACUAUGCUACUCAGUUGGAAGAAAUGAAAGAGAAAAUAGUGACUCUUGAGAAACAGAAACAGAAUCUAGAAGAAGAAACUGUAAGUCUCAAAAAAGUCAAGGAGGAGCUCAGUGAGAAAAAAUCUAAAUUAAAAUCACAAGGAGAUGAACUAAAGAAGGAGCAUUUAGAAAAGGUUCAAAAGAUGCAAGAAAAGAUGAGAGAUCAAGAAAAUAUGGUCUUAAAAUUAGAAACUGAACUUGAAUCUUUGGCUAAGGAAAGCUCUGAAAAACUAGAAACACUGAAGAAAAAAAUUAAAAUAUUGGAACAAGAACGUGAACAGUUAAUGCAGCAUGCUCAGGAAAGAGUUUCAGCGACUGAGGCUAAAUGUCGUGAAGAUACUAAGCUUUUGCAGGAGGAAAUAAAUAAACUUAUUUCUGAAAACAAAGAAAUUGAUCAGCUGAAAUCUAAAGUCAACUUGUUAGAGCAACAGCUACAAGAAAAUCUGAAAACUGUAGAGUCAUCUAAGUCAGAAUCAUCAGAGAAGCUUUCUCAGCUAAAAGAACAACUUUCAGAAACUGAAGAAAAGCUUCACAAAAUGGAAGUUGAGAAGCAAGACACAAUAGGUGAACUUUCAGAGCAGCUACAAAAGAUCAAAGAGGAAAAUUCUUUAUUAAUGAAUAAAGCAACCCAUCUCGAAACUUUGAAGUCUGAAAAAGAAGCAUUGAAUGAAAAACUGAAACAGGCAGAAUUGCAAGUUUCUUCCAUUAAAAAGCUUGAAUCUGAAAGAGACACUUUAAAACAAGAGAAUGCUUCACUGGUUGAACAACUUCAUUCUCUUAAAUCUUCACAUAGCAAUAGUGAAUCACUUGCCUCUGAAAACGAAUCAUUAGAAGCAACAGUUAAAGAUUUUAACAUCACUAAACAAAAAUUAGAGCAAGAAAAUGAAAAAUUAAGAACUGAUUUAAAUUCUUUAAAAGAAUCCCUGAAUAGUGAGGUAAGUUCUCUUAAAAAUAGAAAUGAGUUUCUUACAAAACAAAUAGACUUAUUAGAAAAAUUGGAUCCUUCUGAUCCAAGCAGCUUAUCUGUUAAAAACUACAUUGCAUCAGUGCGUCUAGAAUGUGAGAAUGCAUUGAAAGCAAAAGAAGAUGACACGACUACAAAACUGAAACUUCUUGUUCGGGAUUUUGCUGAGCAAAUGGACCUGAAGGAUCGUGAUUGUGAUAAGAUCACUGGUGAAAUAAUAGAAAGAAAUCAAGAUCUUGAAGAAAGGCUUGAAAGAGAAUAUAAAAAUCAAAUAGCAGAGUUAAGGCAAAAUCUCUUUGAAAGAGAAUGUGCUUAUGAUGAUAUGAGAGAAGAUUAUGAAGAGAAACUUCAAGAAAAGGAGAAAAAAAUGAGAGAAUAUGAAUCAGUAAUGAAAAAUGUGUCUCAUCCUGGAAGUGGUGCAUCCACAGAUUCUGCUCUUUUAACUGCUGAAAGUUCUGAUUGGGAUGAUACCUGGGCUGUUCCUGAAGAAACACUUGAGCCUGCUACCAGUCCUAAUCACAGAAAUUGUGAAGAUCACUUGAAUGAAAUAGAGACUCUGAAAGAAGAUUUAUCUAAGUGCCACUCUGAAAUUAAAGAAUUAAAAGUUCUUUUACGCCUUAGUCCUCCAGAUUCAAUGUUGAACAAUAACCGCCGUGAUUCACUACAAUCAAUUCCAGAGCCUACAGAAUUUGAGUACUUGAAGAAUAUUAUUUAUGAAUAUAUGAUGGGUAAAGAACCAAUUACUUUAGUAAAAGUAAUAGCUGCUGUUCUUCGAUUCAAUGAAACACAAACUCAACAGGUUAUUCGUAAAGAAGAAUCCAGGCACCAAAUGAGCCAGAAGAAAUAGGUGUUGCUGCAUGAAGUGCCUUCUACUGUUUCUAACCAAGAUUAAUGGCAAAUCCUUGGCUUAGCUCUCAACUUUGGCAACCUAACAGCUAAAUUACUUGAAGGAAGGACCAACUAUAAUACUCUUCCACUUCAUUGUCCUUCUCCACCAAUACUUUAUCAUUCACCAUUUUUGUAAAUUGUUUGUUUAUAACAUAGAUUUUUUAUAUAAUAUAUGUAAUAUCAAUUUAUGGAAUAAUGAAUUUGAAAUGUUUAUUUAAUAAAAACUUUAUUAUGAA